ACAAGUGUCAGUUCAAGAUAGGCUAACACUUCCUGUCAGAAAACCUACUGGUGGAAGCUCUUUUUGUAAGAGUGAGUUCUCAACAGGCGUAAUAAGUGUGUGCAUGUGUUCAUAAUUAUUGUUUUAUUGUAUUUAUUCCAAUGGGUAUUCAGAUUAAUACAUGCGAAGCUAGUGACAUUUGGCACAUGUAGACCUCUUCAAGCCUGACUAAUAGUCUGGUCAGGUGCCUCCACCUCCAUCUUGAACCUCGAUCUUUUCUCCUGUACAGUAACAUGCAUUUCCUCUUGUUUCAUCUGCCCGCGGAGUAAUAGCUCCUGAAGUUAAUGUGCUCUUCCGAGAAAAAAAAAAUGCUGCCUCAUGGCUUGUGUUGUAGCUCUUCCCAUUGGAAGUGCCCCCCGCCGCCUUUAAUGGGCCAUUUAGAGGCAACCAUGAUGGUUAAGAUGUCAGCUGGGCCUGAUUGAUUCGGUUAGACCACAGAUGAGACUGAUCUGUGCCUGAGAUUCCUCCGGAGCUCUCUCAGCUUAAAUGUCGAUCCUCCACCAGGCAGGAGCCUCUGGCAGGGAGCAGAGGUGGACAGCCUGGCUUUGAGCUGGAGAUGCUGAAUGUAAAGUGAGCAAACACAUGUACCACGUUAAUGCUUGUUGGGUAUGAUCAAUAACCUUCAAUGUGGUGAAGAUGCGUAGUGUUGCAUCGCAGUGCAGUCUUCACACAGGUGGGGGGACACUGAGGAAGAAAAGUUUAGCAAAGGCGAGGAGCAUUUUGGGCUCCUUGUUUAAAAAAAAAAAAAAAAAAAAAAAAAAAAACCCACACACAGAAAAAAAAAACUGGGCCACUAGUCCCUGUGGUGAAUGAUACUUUUCUGGGGCAGGCUCUGUGAUGACGCUCACCCGGCCCGGAUUGGGAACAGACACCCUCGUCCAUCCAUUUCGGAGAGGGGUACGGAAACAGUGCUGCUCAGAUACACACUGCAGAAAAGUCCAAGCAGAGAAGACUGCAGGUCUGACUUUGCUUUCCAAACAGCAGCCACUUCUUUUCUGAUCUACGCAUCUAUCAUUGAAUCAUUGAUACCUCUCUGGAGCAGGCCUAGGGGUUAAGAUGGGUGGAGCUGCCAUCUUAAUCAUGCUGGAGACCUGAAUAAAUACUGCUAUACUGCUGCUGAGGACCUCAACCACCCCCACCUAUGACUUUCUAUAGUGAACCGUUGAUUGGUGUGCCUCAAACUCUGUAAUGGAAAAUCGUGAUGAUGAAGCUGACCAGCACCACGGCACUAUGGUGGGAGAGGGGGGCAGCACGGGGGACAGCACCCCAAAGCGUAAGGGCAAGUUUUCUACUCUUGGCAAGAUCUUCAAGCCAUGGAAGUGGCGGAAGAAGAAAAGCAGCGAAAAGUUCAAGGAAACUUCAGAAGAACUGGAGAGAAAGAUGUCGACGAGGCGUACGCGGCAGGAGCUUGUAGAACAGGGAGUGCUGAAGGAGGUCCCGGACAACGAUGCAGAUACUCAAACCCUGAAGCAGCCCUACGUGAAGAAUGGCCACACUCUGCCUGUGAGUGCUGGGGUUGGAGGAGGUGGAGGAGUCAUCAGUGGUGGCAGGAGCCCGUGCAACCAGGGCAAACUCCCCUCAGAGUCGGACUUUAGAAUGAACCCGGCCUGGCUCACCCAGCCAGACGACCGCAAGGGCCGCUCUCCCUCGGACGGAGACCGCCGGGGAGCUCAGGGCUCCAGGGGAACGGGACUGCAUGAAGACGGGUGGAGAGGGGGAGGGAUGGGGCCACGUGCACAUGUUGAGGGCGAGUGGAAGCCUAACAUGGUCUGGCAGGGCCAGAUUCACGGCCAGAUGGAGGAGGGCAGACGUGCGGGCCGACUUCACCCCGAUGACGGGCAGAAGAGGCCCGGGCUGCAGAAGGUCCCAUCAGAGGACGGCAGGAGGAGUCGGCCUGCGGAAACAGACUGGAAGCCCACGCUCCCUCGACAUGCAUCUGCCGAGGAGGGAAGGGCCCGCAGAGAGUCGGACAGCCAUUUUGUCCCUGACCCAGAAGCCCUGCGGGACACCCUGCGUGAACCUCUGCCACCUAAACAAUCCGUCAUGCCCCCAAAAUGGCUGAUGAGCUCCACCCCUGAACCUGGCAGCAAGGUUCCACCUCGCACCCCAUCCAACCACCCCACGACCCAGUACCCCUCUCCCUCCGCCCCCUCGGCUGUGGCGCCCAAACCUGUUCGGUCCGUCUCCUCUGCGGGUGCAUCCACUCAGCAGUCUUCAUCUGUAGCCCCAACCUCCACCACUCAGGGCACCAAGCAGCCCCCUCUGCCACCACCCAAGCCCGUGAACAGGAGCAACGCCGCCAUGCUGGUCUCCGCCCUGCAGGGGGGAGAGAACGCUCAGCUUCCGCUCUACUGGUCCUGCUGGAAGCGAGAGUGCGACUACGAUGUCUACCUGUCCCUACCCGUCUACCUGUGCCGGCGGGCUGGAGGCCUGCGCUCAGGUGACUUCACCCAAGCCACCGGCGGUGCCAGUCUUGUGCCAGCCAAGCCCUCUCCACCGAUGCCUCCUAAGAGGACCACCCCCGUCACCAAACGCAACACGGAGGACUCCUCUGCUUCAAGCCAUCCCAUCAACCCCUCACCGCUUUCUCUGGAGGACCACAGCAACCUCCCUGUGGGCUUCCAGCUACCUCCCCCUCCUCCCUCCCCUCCCCUGCCAACACACAUACCACCGUCUCCUCCCCGCCAACACAUACACAGCCACCAUCUCCACCAUCAGCACUCGUACCCCCACCCAUUGCCCCAACCCAUACCGAUGCUGUUUGACCCACCAAGUCCGACCAUUGAGUCUCCUCAGCGCCCAGCUCCUGUCCCGCUGCAUAUCAUGAUCCAGCGAGCCCUGUCCAGUCCCGGCCCGGCUCAGCCACAUCCAGACGGGUCACAGCGUGCGCACGCACUGCUUUUCGAAACCCCUCCAGAGUACCAAGCGGAUCGUGGUCGCCCCCUUCCUGUCAGCAUCCAACCACUAAAACUAUCUGAAGAUGACUACUCAGAGGAGGAAGAAGAAGAGGAGGAAGAUGACGAGGAAGAGGAGGAGUACGAUGGGGAGAUCCCCCAGCCAGAGCUGGAGCCGCGGAGUCGCAGAUGCUUCAUCGGAGACGCUGGUGUUUGUGUCAUCCCAGGGGGAAACAGCAGUGAGGAGGAGGAGGAGGAGGAAGAAGAGGAGGAAGAGGAUGAGGAAGGAGAGCAUGACAUGCAUGGGGAGGACAGCGACUCAGACGGCCCUGUGCUUUAUAAAGAUGAAGACUCGGAUGAAGAUGAGGAGGAUGAGCCCCCACUUAGUGCCCUGGCCAGCAGGGUCAAGAGGAAGGACACCUUGGCUCUGAAGCUGAGCAGCCGUCCCUGUGCCCCAGACAGGGACAGGUUUACCCAGGAGAGGAGCAGCAGAGACGACCAGCCUCCAGGACAGACCGGCCUCACCUGGCAGAGCAGGGAGCAGUGGGAGGCCAUCCGCACACAGAUCGGCACUGCACUCACAAGGCGACUUAGCCAGAGACCCACUGCUGAAGAGCUUGAGCAAAGAAACAUCCUUCAGCCCAGAAAUCAGGCUGACAGACAAGCUGAGGUUAGAGAGAUCAAGCGGCGGCUGACCAGGAAGCUGAGUCAAAGACCCACAGUUGCAGAACUACAGGCAAGAAAAAUCCUGCGGUUCCACGAGUAUGUGGAAGUCACAGAUGCCCAAGACUAUGAUCGGAGAGCAGAGAAGCCGUGGACCAAGCUGACUCCUGCUGACAAGGCGGCCAUCCGGAAGGAGCUCAACGAUUAUAAGAGCACUGAAAUGGAGGUUCAUGAAGAGAGCAGAAUCUACACGAGGUUUCAUCGGCCUUAGCCUCCCCCCUCUUCACAGAUAAUGAAGCACUUAAGAUAUCUGUGUGGCAAGAAGCUGCUCCCUAUGCAGACAGAUCGCCCUUUUACGUUUCCCGAAUGUAAUGUACAGAUUAUCAGGGAAAGCCUGGAACUGACUCAAAACAAGAAUGCUUCUCGCUUGCCCUCCAUCGCCCUCCCACUACAUUGCUUUCACUAAACUGAGGUGGUGGUGGGUGAGGACCAGAUGCAGUAUUUCUCCCGGACGACAGGGGGAACCACGUGCCAAUGAAGUGGAGAAGUGGCAGAGGACCUACAGGGCUUACUCUCAGUCUGCUGUUAUGUGGUACCCCUCAGGGACUUGGAUCUAGUUACAACCUUUAAUGCGGCCUCAUUCUGUGUUGCCUUUUUUUCUUCUUUACUGUAUAUGGAAAAGCUAAUUCAUCUUGUUAAUGUAAUAACAUACAAUAAUAAUAAUAAUAGUAAUAAUAAUGAUGAUGAUGACUUAUAAUACUCCACACAGUAAUAAUAGAUAAUAGAGACAAACAGCUGCAGCGAGAGCGGGCUGGAUGUAGACUGGGAUAUUCUGUUAUAGGACUGGACAUCUCUGGGAUAUUGUGUAUGUUUUAUAUAAAUUGUGUACAGACUGCUAUUGUUAUACCUUAGAAUGAAACUUGGAAAUAUCUAAUUACAAAAUAUUCUGUACUGCACAAGAUAUUUUAUAUUGUAAUUUUGAUCACGAGUAGUGACAGCUUUUAUUUGAGCCUUUUUUUAAUUUGGCUUGCCUGUAUUUAUGGUUGUGAUGUGAAGUGGCCAUUUAAGCGUCUAUCUAGAUAUAAAAAAAAGGUGCAGGUCGGGAGGCUGUUGGUGUUUUUAUGUGUGCCAACAUACCCAAUGCCUAAAGGACUAUAGGAUACUGGUUUUCAUAUCACUGAUUUCUGCAAUCCACUGCAUGAGCCAACACAGAAUCCAAUGCCAUUGGAUCUGGAUAUCUCUCUUCAUUUAUACUUUUUUUUAUGAGUUUUUGUACUUCCCUUUAAAGAUCAAACAUGCAAUGCCUUCUGUAGCCAUUUUGAAUAAGGUCAUGCUAGUAGUGUCCAUACUAAAAGUUAAAUGUAAGUUGCUGUGAGUGUAGAUCAGGGAAUUAUCCAAACAAUCAGAAAAUGUAUAAACGGUCAACAGGGAGUCAUUUUGGCUGCAGAAGUGUUUUAUCUUGUAUUGUUGUCAGGCCAGUAGCUUACAGGGUUCUCUAUGCGGUGUACAGGUUGAUAUAGGUUUAACUGAUGCUUGUGUAUAUCUUGUCUUCCUUUCAUUUGAAAAGAAAUUUUAAAUAUAAAAGUAUUAUAGGUUGCUAUUUUUUUAAGCACAGAAUAUUAGUUGAUAAUUAAAUGCUACAAGAAUGGGAAUAUGAAAGCGUACCUUUUCUGUAAAACUAAGUUCAUUUUUAAUUGAAUGUGGAAUUGUAUGGACUGACAGUUUUCUUUUUAAUUGUAAUAGUCACAUCUGGAUCUAAUUAAAAACCUUACAAUUCCUUGAA